CAGCCUCCAGCUGAGCCCAAGCGAAAGCCAACUUCAAAUACCCAGCACAUGCUUAUCCCACGGCCCAAUGGCCGACCCGCUUUCAAUCAUUGCAUUCGUCGUCCAAGCAAUCGACGUGGCAACAGAGGUAUACCGAUACGGGAAAGAAGUCAAGGACGCGCACAACGAGAUCCGAGAGCUAUUCGGAGAGCUCUUCGCCCUGAAAGCAAUCCUCGAGCAGAUAGAGAAGAACCAACAAGGUGCGCUCGGAUAUGAUCCCCAUGCCCCGCAAUCGAUGUCGUCAAAGCCGUUUCAGGAUGCGAUGAGGGAGGCCUCGACCGUUUUGAAAGAGAUCCUGGAUGAUCUGGAGAGCAGGCAGGCAAAGGGGACUUCUGUCUGGCGACAUCUCGGGUGGCCUGAGAGGAAGGCACAGCUGAAGGAGAAUAUUGCGAGGUUGGAGAGGUUGAAGACGUAUUUCAUCUUGGUUAUGAUGAAUGAUAAAUCGCUGGUGGAUAGGAAAAUCACGUCGUCGAUUGAUUUGUUGACGGACAUGGGGAAAGAGAUCAAAUUGAACAAUCAGCGUGAACUACAACAGAAAGUGAACGACUGGAUCUGUCCUGUUGACGUGGAAUCGACCCAUCGAAGAGCGUUAUCGCUGCACCAAUCUGGCACCGGGCUUUGGUUUAUCAACGGGCCCUUCCGACAAUGGUUCUCCGGGGAAGAUGGGUCAAGAUUGCUCUAUCUCCAAGGUAGAUCUGGAUCGGGAAAAACCGUUCUUUGUGCGACAGCUAUUGAAGAAGCGCAGAUGGUUGCCAAAAACAUGCAGCAACCUGGAGCUCAUGUUGUGUACUUCUAUUGUUCAUUCCAGCAUAGUGCUUCCCAAAGCCUAGCAAAUCUGCUGGGGGCCAUGUUGGCGCAACUUUCUCACUCAUUCCCCGAAAUUUCGGGGGAGCUGAACACUUAUUUCCAGAGAAAAUCCCCUCCUACUCCCGAUAACCUUAUUCAAUUACUUCUCAAAUACGGCUCUCGGGUGCUAAAGCUGUACAUCUUCGUCGACGCUAUUAAUGAGACCGACGAGACCGACAACAUUCUGAAAUCACUGAUGGCCAUCAUGGAACGUGCACAUAAUGUGUACGUUAUGGCUACUAGCACGAGUCCUCCGAGCACCCCAGGCAAGAUCCAACUUGUGAAGGAGACAAUGAAGCCGUCGUCAAACAGAGAUGACAUUAGAGCAUUUGUGAACCUGCAGUUGGAGCUGCAGCCCGCUCUUCGCCGCCUGCCAUCGCAGACAAAGGCCCACAUAAGCGAAUUGUUGACCUCUAAGUCAGACGGGAUGUUUCGGUAUGUCCGAUGUCAAAUAGACCUGCUUGGCGCCCAGAAAACCGGUCGAGGUGUCCUCAGAGCGCUCGUGGUAAUGCCAGAAGACUUGAAUGGCACCUAUGAAGUUAUAUUGGGCAGAAUCUCAUCCCAUGACAGAGACCUUGCCAGAGAAGCGCUCACCUGGCUUACAUAUAGCCGGCAAGCGCUGACGUUGCCGGCGUUGAACGAGGCCCUAGUCUUGGAAAAGGGUGAUAAGUAUCUCGAUGACGACUGCAGACUUAUCAACCCCGAUGUCAUCCUGGAAAUAUGCCAGGGUCUGGUGGUUUUCGACGACGCCAACUCAAUUGUGACUCUAGCACAUUCUUCCGUUAAGGCGUUUCUAACCUCCGAUGCCAUUCAACACGGACCAGCGGCAUUCUUCGCCUUGAAGGAGAUUGAGGCCACGAGACACAUCUUUCAUAAAUGCUUGACGUAUUUGAUGUUUGAUGCUUUCCAAGUGCCAUGUGGAAGUCAACGGCAAUUGGAAGAACGCAUCGACCAGUUCCCGCUUUAUGCAAGUGCUGCGGAGGCCUGGGGGCUACUUUGUGGCACCGAAGCACCUACCGGUUUCAAACUCUCCAGCUCCGAGCUAGACGAGAUUAUUGUCUUUAUGUCUGGGAGUAACUUUAGAUCCUGGAUCCAGAUUCUACUGCGCGAGGCAACGGGCAAGCCAACAGGCUUAUCGAAACUGGGGCCGGCGUGGACGCUACCGGCGGACGAAAUGGCGCUACAGCCCUUACAGUCGCAGCCUAUAGAGGGCAACUCUCAGUCGUAA